AAUAUUUGUUAGCGCGUCAACUGAUUUCAGGGUCAUGGUUCUAAAGUUACUUUGACAUUUACUUGGCGCAUUAAUGUCUCAAACACUGGCUCGCAACGUCUUGAAUAGCUUUCGUGUUCAAACCCAAAUCCUCUCUAUUUUACUACGGUAACACACAGUUUUAUUCCUUAAAAUACGCUAUAUUUGAACAUUGAGCUUACUAGUGGAUAGUAGAAAUUGGAAGCUGAAUAAAUUAACUUUUCAAGUGUGUUCUGAUUACCCAUUGUUUCUUAUGAAACAAACUUCUUUGUUACGAUCUUGGACAAAUUUAAUCCCCUCACAUCCUAUUAUUAGUGAUAGUCAUGCCAGUACUGUAAACUCAUCCUCUAAGACACUUAAAUCUGUGGAUUCCGACGAUAUUUUCGUGGCUAAUAUUCUUGACAAAUUUAAUAAUGUUCCAGAGUCUAACACUAAUUCAAACGAAAACGAAGUCUGUGAAAAUGCACAGAUUAUCGUCGAUGUUUCGGAAAGAAAACCUGUCGUAUAUCAUCCUACAGCUAAUGACUCAGAACAUUUGGAAGGUUUCGAUGUAGAUGCUGGAGUUGAGUGGAUUUAUCCAAGUGAUUUAAGCAUACGCAAAUACCAGUUAAAUAUAAUUGAACAAUGUCUAUAUAAAAAUACACUUGUCUGCCUGCCUACAGGACUGGGCAAAACAUUUAUUGCUGCCGUUGUUUUAUAUAAUUUCUUCCGUUGGUAUCCAACGGGUAGAUUUGUGUUUAUGGCGCCAACUCGACCUCUUGUAACACAGCAACUUACUUCGUGUUCGGAAUUUAUUGGGCCACUUAAAGAAAAUAUCGCUGAGGUGACUGGAUCGAUUGCACAAACUAAAAGAAAAACUAUCUGGUCCACAUAUCAAGUGUUAUUUCUUACUCCUCAAGUGCUAAUGAAUGAUUUGCAGACUGGUGUAUGUCCUGCCAGUUCUAUCCGUUUGCUCAUAUUUGAUGAAGCACACAAGGCAACAGGAAAUCAUGCUUACUGUCAAGUAUUACGAAUUCUGACUAAUCCACCGUACACUCAUCGACAAUUUCGGAUUGUUGCUUUGUCCGCCACACCUGCAGCUGAUAUUGAAGGGGUACAAACACUGAUUGCAAACUUACUUAUAUCCCACCUUGAACUUCGAACUGAUACUAGUGCUGACGUCCGACCAUACACACAACAUCGGGAGCUAGAAGCAGUAGUUGUUCCUCUUGGUCCGGAACUGACACGGUAUCGUAAUCAAUUAAUUGAGUGUAUUCGUGUGCCCCUCGAUAGACUUUACCAACGUCGUGCACUCUCAGAGUGUUAUGGUGAUCUUCGUCCAGAAAAAAUAGCGAAAUACACAGUUAUUAAAGCACGAGAAAAAUGGUCUUCGCAAACGUUUCCUAGUAUUAAUUCAACAGAAAAUAGUUCAAUUCAAUGUGACUUCGCCUUAGUUAUAUGUUUGCUUCAUGGCUUGGAACUGUUGGUUCAACAUGGGUUACGUCCCCUCUAUCGCUACUUAGAGGGUGUUUAUUCUGGAAAUCGAGCUAGUCCAUUGGUUAGGAGUCAGCUUAACAGACUUCCAAAUAUGAAUCAUUUAUGGAUAGAAUUAGCUCAGCGAUUCGGCAUGAAUGUAGAAUGCACUGACGGUACUUGGAGGCAAGAGUUAAUUCAUCCAGAUCUAUUGCAUUCCCAAGCACCUUUUUUGGCUGGUCAUCCCAAACUUGAUAAACUAAGAGAUGUUUUGCUUAGUCAUUUUAAUUUUGAAGACAGAAAAAACGCGCAUGAACGAAGCUCCACACGCGUUAUAGUUUUCACGCAGUUUCGUGACUCGGUUGAAGAAAUUAUGCAUAUGCUUAAACCAUUAAGACCACUAAUUAGACCUGCAUCAUUUAUUGGACAAGGAACAAGAGUAAGUGGAAGUCCUCAAUUAAAUAAUCAACAUGAGUCACCCAGCUUGAAAAGCCCGCGACUGUCAAAUGCCCAGGGUGGAAUAUCACAACGUGACCAGAUACGUGUUAUGGAUGGUUUUCGGUCAGGUGUUUAUAACACCCUAGUGUCAACGUGUGUCGGUGAAGAGGGUAUUGAUGUUGGACAAGUUGAUCUAAUAGUUUGCUUUGAUGCUUCAAAAUCACCAAUUCAACUAAUGCAACGUCAAGGUCGGACUGGUCGCAAGCGUCUGGGACGUAUUGUCGUGCUGUUAACAGAAGGUCGUGAGGAAAGGAAUCAUGCCGUUAGUAUCGCAAGGACUUCUUCUGUUCACAAAGCUUUGCUUGAGGGGAACGCUUAUUGUAAACUUGCUUUCUAUCCACAUAAUCCAAGAAUGGUACCAAUUGGUGUUCAUCCUAAACUCCAGUUCAAAUGUUUACGAACAGAGAAAUUUUUUACCAACCAAAUAUCGGGACAAAAGCAGCCAGGUGUUCAGAAGAAGAGUUCGUAUGAAGACAUCUACAGAUUGCAUGCGGAGUCUGUUAAACUGGAUAGGCUGCAUAUUAGGUUAUACCCCCUUUCCUUAGGUCGAAUUCAACAUAUAUCAAAAUUUGAUGAUGUGGAUAAUUUUAAUUCAGACCACCCAACAGUCACAGACAUUUACAAUCUUACAUCUCAAGAAAGAUUAGCAGUCUUCAGAGAAACUAUGCAAUCUAGUCUAAUUCCAGGAUCAAAUGUUGGUUCAUCCUCUUCGUCGCAACACCUCAUGUCAAUCCUCCGGCUAGUUGAAAUGCAUCGUCGUAGUAUGACACAACUUUCUUACCAUGCUCUGGGUAUACGAAAAAUUGAUAUUAAUACAAAAAUGAGUGAAUUAUUAAAAAUAAGUUCUUCACCACCCAAUAGCCAGUUAGAUUUGCACAGCUCUUCACAAUGUCAUCAUGAUCUUGAUGAAUUGACUACCAUCAAGACUACCAAUACUCUGCCAGCUUCAGAGAUAUCCAACCCGGUAUUAGAUAUUAUCCAAGAUCUUAGAAUAGUUAAAGGUUUAGUGUCUAACAAAGUAUUUUUUGACCCUCAUGUUAAUGAACUAACAGACUGCACAAAACAUUUCACUCAAAUACUUCAUAAUAUUAACGCUAAUAGCCAUGAGCCUAUUACAGUGGCAUCCCUACAAACUGCACUAAAUAAGUGGUUAGAGUUCAUGACUAAUCGAAAUCACAGUUCACCUACAAUUUGUUCAAGCCCAAAGUUGAAUCUUAAGCUAAGUAUAGAAAAUAGUUUACUUGAAGCAAUUAAUGCAGAACUACCGAAUUCUGAGGAAAACUCUCUAACCACGAAGGGCCUUCACACAAUCGAUAGUAAAUUUCACGAUAAGCAGCUAAAAGAUAUUGUACAAACUUUCAGCCUACCUAAUACAGUGAUUAGCUUAGCUCAAAGCACUCCUUUUGGACGAAGUUGUGUAAAGCCACCUAUAAUUUCUUCAUCUAGUCAAGUUAAUCCUGAUCAAGCGUUGGCUUUACUGGAGAAUUCAACUAUUCACCUGGAUGCAUCAACUUUAUUAGAUGGAGAACUAACGAAUCCUGAGCUUCCUACUACUGCCCAAAGUGUUAUUUUUGCUGGCUCAUCAUUUCAGCAGUUGAGCGGUUUCCACAAAUCAGUCGACCUUUUUACUUUUGAAACAAAACUCUCUUUAGGGACAGAGCUGGGUGAUAUUAUUAAGCCUACCCAAACCACUGAAAAAAUGGACACUUGUAGUGAUGUGGACAGAUUAAAAAACGGUUAUUUCUCUACUGCUUCCAACAGUUCUUUUGACUCACAAAUUAAUUGGUCCCCAGUAGAACAGGUAACAGAGGUACUUAAUACAGAUGAUUUAUUAUAUUCGUCGUCACCAAUAAAACUAAACAACAUUGGAACCGUUCCUAAAAAUGAAUCCAAAAACAACAACUCUAGUGAAACUACUGACAAAGAAUUAUCGGUAACAUUUCACGAAAGUGUCAGCGAGUUUACAUUAUCGAACCGAUUGAACAAAAAUACUAAAUACGCUGGAUCUAAAUUGUUUUUAUCACAGGCUGAGUGUACGAGUAAUGAGUCAUCUGACCAGCUUCAUUCUGAAGAUCAAGAUAUGUAUGAUGACAGCUUCAUAAACGACGAAUGCGCGAAUAUCACGUGCGAUUCAUCUCGAUCUGACAUGAAAAUUUACCUCCAGAGCAUUCGGAGUCCACAAAUAUUUCCAGGUAAUGUCAGAAACCUAAGGAUCAGCAAAAGAGACAUUUUGCCGAAAAUAUCUGAGAAGUGUGAUGAUAUGCCAAAUUCCUUUAUAUUUUCGCAGACACCAGAACAGGAUGAAUAUCAGAUGGAUAGUUUUUGUGUAGACGAUGAUGACUCUUUUUCGUUGCACAAAGAAACUCCCAAACCCUUAGCUUCCAAGCCAAGCAGAAGACGUAUUCGAACUGGUACUCAGAUUCAACAAUCUUUCUUUUAAUUGUAUAUAAACACUAGAUUUCCAUGAAAAAUUAUUUCAAAUAUACUAUAUUCGAU